AUGGGAUAUGAGCAAGUAAGGAGAAGGAAACCGAAAGCUGUUUGUGCAGAGGAUCCUAAGAAGAAAGAGGAAACGGUGAUGGAGACGGAUGAUGUUGGAAUGUUUAUGAAGACGUUGCUCGAUGAACUUACGGCUUCUAGAGAGAGCUUAAUGGAUUGGAUGAAGGCUGAGUUGCAUGGACCACCGGAUCAAAAUGUCGUGUCUCGGCCGCCUCUAAAGAAGAGAGCGGUUGCUGCGGUCGCAUCGCAGAGAUCAGUGAAGAAGAAGGGAGAAGAGGAGAUUGAAAGACAGAGCAAACCGGACGAAAUUUGUCAAGAGAUGAACAAACCUAACGGGAAGAGUUCAGAGAUAGCGAAGAACGGUGGAGAUCAAGUUCAACAACUUCAUUAUAAUGCUGGACCGUUAAAUAUGUUUCUCAAGAGCGUUCAAGACGGUCAAGGCGGUUUAGGCAGGGACUAUUUUCAGCAACAAGAACAAAUUGAGAAGAAUGCUACCGUGACGAAACAAAAGAGCGUUGUAUUGGCCAUCAAAGCUCCAAAGUUGUUGAGUCAGAAACAAAAGAAGACGAGAGAAGCCAACACCAUCAAAAACAGAGCAUCUAUGGUGGAGAGAACAGGAUCCGAAACGCAGAAAGAUGAUUACUUUGCGCCACAACUGUCUUUAUCGCCAUCGUUGCAGAGUUUUCCUGUAGGUUCUUCGUCGAACUCGUUGUUUCUUCCUUCAGGCCAAGGGAUUACUACUUUUCCAAGUGACAACAACUUUCAGCGGAGACGAUCACCAGCUACUCAAAUUCCUGAUCUUUCUGAAUUUCAGACAGGAGCCACAGGAGGACAAGGGUUUGGGAAUUCUCUGUUCCACAACAACGGUUACUUUUCUGGUUUUCCGGCAGCUUUCCAGCCUAAUCUAAUGGCCAGCAGUUAUAAUUUUCCGGCACAAGUGAAUCCUGCAGCUUCUUCACAGCAGAGAGACGAUAACAAUAUGUUCGGUGGUCGGAGAAUGGCCGGUGGAGCCACAAGAUAUUCCGGUGGCAGGUUUCCCGAAUCCCAACUCGGAGACGGUUACAGAACUAGAUAA